AUGUCGGCUCCUCUGGGCAACGGCGGUGGCCGCGAUCCGCUGCAGAAUCUCACCCCCCAGCGCCGACUGGCCCUCGCGCAAGCUGCCCGCGCCAAUGCCACCCGCGAAGAGAUUGAAGCGCGAGGCAUCAGGCCCGAUGUCCAGCAAAUCCUCCAUCACAUGAACCGGACGCCGUCCCAUUCGUUCAAGCGGGCCAGGCUCAGCGACUCGGGAGUCCGCAAGAUCUACGACGACAACGAAACUGACGAUACAAGUGGCGAUGACGACGAUGAUGACGAUGAGCUCGCGCGCGCUGAGCGCGAAGAGAGAGAGGAAGACGAGUUUGAGGAGCAGUGGCAGGCCAUGCUUGCCCAAGAGGGGCUGCAGGAUGUCAACAUGUUCGUCGUCGCCGAGUUCCGCCAGAUCGCCCGCCAGCGCAUCCGCAUGCUCAAGCAGGGCACUGCCGAGUGGCGUGCCGCCGCGAGUCGCCCUCCGAGGAAACCGCGCUUCGACCUGGUCGCCUCGCUGUGCACUUGCACCGAACUGAUCGUUGAGGUGUGCAAGCACAUGCGGCCCGUCGACAUCGUCCGCCUCUACAGCAUCAGCAGGGACUUUAAGCACACCAUCAACAAGCACAUGCGUAGCAGCAUCUUUGCCUGGGCGAAUUACAUGGCGCCCACGGCCAGCCGCAUCUUCUCGAGCCCGAUCUAUGGCCGCUGGUUCAUCCCGGACCCCGCCGAGCAGCUCGUGACGCGCGCCGACGUGGAACUGGGCCAGCCACGGCGCGGCCAGGCUAAUCUGGCCGAAUUUGGCCCUGUGAAUGACGUCGAGGGCGAGGUCCGCAUGAUUCCCGGCCUGCUCUGGCUGCAGAUGGUGGUCAACCGCGAGAUCCGCGUCCGCGACAUCAUCGCGUCGCUGGCCCGACGGGGUCACCGCCUGCCCGAGGGGGCGCGUGUGACGCUCACGAAGCUCUGGCUGAUCAUGGACGCCGCCACGUCUGAGGCGCGCAUGACCCUGCUCAAGGACCAGGACUUCUUCUCCAACGAGGACCUGUACAUCGCCCAAUUGUUCAUGGUCAAGCUCGUGCUCGCCUUCAACGACCCCGUCUUCGGCCCGCAGUCGAGCAUGCUGAUGCGCCUGAUGAUGGGCCAGCGCGGCCUGUCGCCGCUCUGGGCAAUGCUGCGCGGGAAGAAGUACCGCACGCGUGCAGAGAUCCGCCAGCUCAAGCUUCGCUACGACGUCGGGCCGGACCAGGUCCGCGCCUUCAACGGGAUGGCGCUCCACGGAGUCCAGGUUUACGAGUUGGGCACUAUGCACUUCGAGGGAUGGGGCGCCGGUCCGGACCACCUGAUGCGCCCUGACGAGCUGAUCCCGCUCGAGGCCGUCCGCCGCCAGCUCGACCUCGACAGCUGCCUCGAGGAGAUGAUGAUCUUCGGCCACGUCGACUUCACCACCGGCAACAGCCUGGUGCCGAGCCUCGACGAGAUGUACAUGAGCGACGACGACCUGCCGCCAGCGCAGAAGGACUGGAAGCCGCUCAAGCACGAGCUCAUCCACUCCGGCUGUGGCAACGCGGACAUGGUCUAUUCCGAUGACGACGACGAGGAUGAUGAUGAUGGUGAGGGUGACAGCGCGGAUGAUGAUUACGAGGGAGACGGGGAGGAGGCGGACGGCGAUGUGGUGAUGGGAGAGGAGAACCGGGAGAAUCGCGCGGAGCAGAUGAUGAUGGCCGGGAUGGGAGCCGGGUUUGACGUUGACUGGGAUCGCUUCCUGAGUCACCCUGCCGAGUACGCUGCUGCGUUGCAGGAGGCGGCUCUGGCAGCGGCGCGGGCAGAGGCGCUGGAGGGUGGCGGUGAUGGGCAUGGUGAUGGGACGGGGGGGCAGAAUGAUGACCCGCAGCAAGAGGCGGAGGAGGUCAACAUUAACACGCUUGUGGACGGUCUGCACGGCGGUCAGCAUGAUGAUGAUGAUGCGGACGAUGUUCAGGACCAUCAGGUCCAGCAGCCUGGUCACGGCAACGGCAAUGUUGAGGACACGAUUGACUGGGAGAAGUACAUCGCCGACGAGGACAUUGGGGAGGAUCCGCGGACGAAGAUGCUGAGGGAUUGGUACCGGCCGUGGUAG